AAAAAGAAAAACCCUUUUCCUUUUUUUGAAAUCUAUUUAUUAAUUUGCAAAACCCACUGUCUCUCUCUGUACGAAGCUUGGAGCAUCUCAUCGGUAUCAAGCUAUCUACACCUCCUCCCAUUUUUCCAUUUCUCCAAACGCAUUCUGUUCAUCGUCACCGUAUCCAAACCCUCACGCGCCAAUCUUCUUCGGUUACCAAUGGAUCCGGUUCUUCUGAUUGCGGUGCUCUCAAUUCUGAUCGGCGCUGUCAUCGCUCUAGCCUUUUUUGGUAACUACUUCCGGAAACGGAGCUCCGAAAUUCAGUCCAUCUCCCAACCGGAGCUCCAAUCGGACCCCAAAAAGCAGCCCUCCAAGCCUCACCAGACCAAGAAGUCUCAUGCCAAACCUCACUCUCAUACCUCUGACAAGGAUCAAAAUAAGAAACAUCAUCCGUUGGACGUGAAUACUUUGAAAGGUCAUGGAGAUGCAGUCACUGGCCUUUGUUUCUCGUCGGACGGGCGGAGUUUGGCAACAGCUUGUGCGGAUGGAGUGCUCAGGAUAUUCAAGUUGGAUGAUGCUUCGAGUAAAAGUUUCAAGUUUCUGAGAAUUAAUUUGCCUGUUGGAGGUCAUCCUGUUGCAGUUUCAUUUUCUGAUGAUGGAUUAUCUUUAGUUGCUGCUUCUCAAAGUCUUUCCGGUUCUUCUUUGUACAUGUAUGGGGUGGAAAAACCCAAACCUUCUGAGGAAGUAAAGCAGCAGCCCAAGCUUCCCCUGCCUGAAAUCAAGUGGGAACAUCACAAAGUUCACGAGAAAUUAGGUAUUCUCACCUUAUCUGGGACCACCGCAAGUUAUGGGAGUGCUGAUGGGAGUACAAUUGUUGCUUCAUGCUCAGAAGGAACUGACAUCAUACUUUGGCAUGGGAAAACCGGCAAGAUUUUGGGGCAUGUUGACACAAAUCAGUUGAAAAACACCAUGGCUGCUUUAUCACCAAAUGGGCGUUUCCUUGCUGCAGCUGCUUUUACUGCAGACGUGAAGGUGUGGGAGAUUGUAUAUUCAAAGGAUGGUUCAGUCAAGGAGGUCUCAAAAGCUAUGCAACUUAAAGGGCAUAAGAGUGCAGUAACUUGGUUAUGCUUUACUCCUAACUCAGAACAAAUUAUCACAGCAUCCAAAGAUGGUUCAAUAAGAAUUUGGAAUAUCAAUGUUCGAUAUCAUAUGGAUGAGGAUCCGAAAACUCUGAAGGUGUUUCCAAUUCCACUUGAUUUGGGUGGUGCAACUGUGCAGUAUGAUCGUCUUAGUUUAUCUCCUGAUGGAAAAAUAUUGGCAGCAACUCAUGGUACAACACUACAGUGGCUAUGUGUUGAAACUGGAAAGCUUUUGGACACAGCUGACAAAGCCCAUGAAGGUGACAUCACAUGCAUUGCAUGGGCACCCAAGACGAUUCCAAUGGGUGAUGAGAAAGUAUUGGUUUUGGCCACAUCAAGUAUUGAUAAGAAGGUAAAACUGUGGGCUGCUCCAUCUCUCCCUGCACCAUAAAGGAAUUUUGUAGGUGUGUAACGAGCUCAUGCGAGGCAUGUAGGAGCUCCUGAUCUGACCUGGUUGGCAACGGCACGAGAAAUGUUUUGUAAGUUCUAGGCCCUAGGUUAAGUAGUUCUAACAACUUCAUGAAAGCUUCUUCUCGUGGCAGUUGAAAGGUAGAUCGUUGAACUUGUUAGAGCGUUCAUACUGAGAAGAAAAAAAGAAAGAAAAAGAAAAGUGUUGUUUCACUGGUACACUUGGAUUUCAGAGAUUUUGGUGAUGAUGAAUUAAUGUUGCACAAGGAACUAGACCAAUUGAUUGGUUUGAGUUUUCCUUUUCAUGUACAGAAAGUGCUUUUACACCGAAAGUUCUAAUUUCUUUUUAGCCUUUUUUCCCUUCCCUGUAAACUUUGGAAAAGCAAUUCUCAUCAAGCUAUUUGAAAUA